AUGGCAGUCCUUCUCUUGCCGCUACUGAUUCUCUACUUCUUUCUCAACCCUGUGCUGGCUGCCUCGCUCCGGGUCUCGGUUCUGCCAUCCAAUAUUCUUCCCAAUCCCAACAUUCUGCCAGCCUCGACCUAUGCUGUUUUGACUUCAGGCUCGGGACAACCCAUCAAGGCUGUUCUGCGGAAGGGCAACUACUUCGAAUUCCCGGAAAUCUCAACUGUCGGAUCGCAUCUCCUCGACAUCUACAGUCACGAUUAUGUCUUUGCACCAUACCGAAUCGAUAUCUCCCCGUCCUCCUCCGACUCUGCCGGGACUGUCAUCGCAGGAGCUUGGGAAACAUACCGUGGAACACGAUGGGAUGAUCGAGGGGUUGCUCUUGUAGCCACCCCUACAGAGCAGUUGGGCAUGUCGGCCAAGAUUCUGUCGAGGAAGAACUUCUAUGAGCAGCGCCAGGGCUUCAACCCGUUGAGUCUCCUGAAGAAUCCUAUGAUCCUCAUGGCGGUCGUCGCUCUUGCAUUUACAUUUGGGAUGCCGAAGUUGUUGGAGAACAUGGAUCCCGAAAUGCGCGCCGAGUACGAAGAAAUGCAGAAGAAGAGCCCCAUGGGCGGUCUCACGCGUGCCAUGCAAGGUGGAGGCGCCAGCUCUGCCGCCGAGAACUUUGAUCUCGCCGGCUACCUGGCGGGAACUGGCAAAGGUACCGGGAGCGAUCGAAGCCAGGACAGCAUCCGUGAAAGGAAGCGAUAG